AAAUAAAGUAUUUAUUGUUCCUCUAAAAAUGGGCAAGAAGAUGAUAAUUGUGGCUUUGGCGAUGCUCAUCUUGGCAGCCGUCGCCACUUUUGUGGGUGUCUUCUUUGGUGUGGGGAGAAGGACGCAUUCGGGUGUGUCCUGGAAGGCAGCUGUGGCAGCAGAUGCUGGGCCAUGUUCAGAGGUCGGCAGAGACAUACUGGUGAAAGGAGGGACUGCAGUAGAUGCCACUAUAGCUGCUUUACUGUGUGUUGGACUUAUGAACGCUCACAGUAUGGGCAUCGGAGGAGGACUUUUUUUCACCAUCUACAACGCAACAACUGGGCAGACUGAGACGAUUGAUGCAAGGGAGACGGCACCACGCAACGCAUCAGAGAACAUGUUUGGGAACAGUACAGAUCUAUCCCAGAAAGGAGGGUUAUCUAUUGCUGUACCAGGGGAGAUUCGAGGUUACGAGAUGGCACACAAACGACAUGGCAAACUGCCUUGGAAAGACUUGUUCAAGCCGAGCAUUGAUCUUGCAGAGAAUGGUUUCCCUCUGGGCAGGGCACUUGCAAAAGCUGUGUCUGGAAAAAGGAAAAUCAUCAUCAACGACCCGGCCCUAUGUGAAGUGUUUUGUGGGGAAGAUGGUGACAUCUUAAAAGAAAACGACACCAUCAAAUUCACCAAGCUUGCAGAGACUUACAGGAAAAUAGCUGAAGAGGGUCCUGAUGCUUUCUACCACGGGCAACUGGCUCAGAACCUUGUGACAGAUAUUCAGGCAGCAGGCGGUAUCAUCACAAUGGAGGAUCUGAAGGAUUAUAAGCCUGUCUUGGAUGAGAACCCUUUGAGGGUGAAUGUGGGGGAGUACACCAUGGCUGUUCCCAAUGCCCCCGCUAGCGGCCCUGUGCUCUCACUGAUAUUAAACAUCUUGAAUGGGUACAACUUCACCCCAGAUAGCAUGGUGGGCAUGGAAAAAAAGAUCCUAACGUACCAUCGCAUUGUGGAGGCGUUUCGUUUUGCUUAUGCAAAGAGGACCUUGCUUGGAGAUCGAGCGUUUCUCAACAUCACAGAUCUCAUCCAGAAUAUCACUUCAACUCCCUUUGCCGAUGGCCUCCGUGAAAAGAUCACAGAUGACACCACGCAUCACAUGAACUACUACGAGCCAGAGUUUUACCUGCCUGAAAACCACGGGACCUCACACAUCUCAGUCGUAGCAGAAGAUGGAAGCGCUGUGUCCGCCACCAGCACCAUUAACCAAUAUUUGGGCUCCAAAGUCAUGUCAGCAUCGACAGGGAUACUUCUCAACAAUGAGAUGGACGACUUCAGCUCCCCGCUCAUCACAAACGGCUUUGGAGUACCUCCUUCACCAAACAACUUCAUCAGGCCAGGAAAAAGGCCGAUGUCUUCAAUGUGUCCAGCCAUCCUCUUUGACAAAGACAACAAAGUUAAGAUGGUGGUCGGAGGCUCGGGAGGAACAAAAAUCACUACUUCUAUCGCUCAGGUGAUUCUGAAUGUACUGUUCUUCAACUACGAUCUGGAAAAAGCCGUGUCGGAUCCAAGGCUCCACAACCAGCUGAGUCCCAACACCACUGUAGCAGAGCCUGACUUUGACAGAAACAUACUGGAUGGGUUGGCAUCAAAGAACCACACGACAGAGUUCCUCAAAUCGUCAGGAGCUGUGGUGCAAGCAGUGGUUCGUCAUGAUGACGGACUCCAUGCUCAGUCAGAUCCUCGCAAGUUUGCGUACGCUGCAGGGUACUGAGCUCAUAAACACACCUCCGAUUAUGCAAAGAGGCUGUAGCUGUGUGGACCUUGACAUGAGUUGAGAGAUUAGAGACUUAAUAAAGAACCAGAGACUGUGUUGGUCACCAAUUGUUCUCUCAAUAAGUUAGAAUAACUUAACUAAGUCAGAUAGCAGAACGUUGACUUAUUGUUCGUCAUGGAAAUCCUUGAAAACCUAAAACUCUGAAAAUCUGAAUAUUGGCUCUCAUGUCCAAUGUCACACUGUCAUGUUAUGUGAUUAAGAAAUGUACAAGACGUUGAGUAUUUUGAAGGAUUAAAUUUACCAUCAGUCAGGUUUUUAAAAUUUUAAAUUGAACCACCACAAAGGUACAUUUAAAUGCUGAAAUCAUUUCUUUCACUGAAGAAACACUGUUUUUAUUUACACUGUAUGUCAUAAGUAUUCUUACCUAUUUAUGAGGCAUUUUUGUAAAUCAUUGUUUCCUGAACAUUUUCUGUGCCAUCCGCAGUGCAUCUAACUAUUAAUUAAGGAAAUAUCCACAGAAAAAGACACAAAGCUAAGAGUCAGACUUAUAAAUAUGAACUUCAGUCAUUCAAAACUAAACAUGACAAGAUAUUUUACCAGGUAUGUUGAUAUGAGGUGACAGCAAACAAGCAGGAAAGAGCUGCUGUUAAAAUAAAGAACUAUAACAACUCAGGGACAAGCAGUCGUACUUUAUACAGUAAUUUCCCACAACCCAGAGUGCAAUGGCCUAUAAUGACCCCAUAACAACAUUACAUUACAGCUGCUGCUGCUCACUGUCACCACUGGGAUUCAGGGCUCUUAUUUUCUCAGCUGGGAUGUAAAUGUGUUACAUAAUUACAGAAGUGUGUAAAAUGAUACUGCCUUUUCACUACAGGUGAUAAUUCUUAUGUGAUAGAAACAGUGUUUUAAAAAAGUGGUGUAACAUUUUCAACACUUGUUUUAUUAUUGUAUAUCACAUAUUUAUUUAAAAAUAAAUGAGGGACAAUCACAGUUU